AUGUUUUCGCAAGAAAAUCGAGAAACUACCACCAAAACACCGAAAUCUACAUCUUCACUAUCUUUUCCGUCACCUACUCACGCCCCCUUAUUUGCACGCAGGGGCAGUGGUGCAAGCGGUACUGCUACCUCCUCAACGAUUAGAUAUAAUCCAACGGAUAUACCCACUCCAGUAAUAGAUUCGUCACAAUAUCUUACUCCAUCUGAACCUAUAGGGUUUGAAAAACAAGUCACCACUGACGCAAGAAAGCAUUCGUCAAGAAAUGAUUUUAUUGUUGCGUCAAGGACGGAGGGAAAAAUCGAGACCUUGGAAGCUGAUAAUUUAAUCAAUAAAAAUUCUAGACAAGGAUCUACCGAAGAUUUCUUAGCAUUAGCUUCAGAGGAAAAUUUUCCUUCAGUUACGCCUUUGUCAAAUUCUCAAAUACUACCAGAAAAAAAGAAGCGAUCACGCCUUAGUCUUAAAAGUCUACGUGGGUCGAAGCCUAAUGUAAAAAUUUCUUCUUUGAGCGAUAGUGGACCUAAAAGUCCAUCAUUACAAAAUUCUGAUCAAGGUCGAUUAACACUAACCCACCGUUCUUCGCACAGGGGAUCCUCCUAUGAAGAUGUUUAUCAGAAUCGAUCAUCAGAAUCAAUUACAUCUGUUCCUUCGACCCCAUCCAAGGAAUCAAAUAAAUUUUUAGCAUCACCCACCUCAUCAAAAUUCAUAUUCUCAUUUUUUGGGUCGCACACAAAUAAUAAUGAUCAUCAAAAUCUGGAACGAGGAAAAAGGGACAAACCGGUUGCUCAUCGGAGUAAUAGUACACCAACAUUGGAAGUGAAAGAAACACAUACAAUGUACAAAGAGUAUGAUCCUACGACAGGAAACAAAAUAAUUAACAAGUAUAUGCUGGUCAAGGAAUUGGGUAGGGGCGUACACGGAAAGGUUAAGCUGGGGAGAGACCUGGAUCUGGGAGAAUGGGUUGUGAUUAAUAGAAUGGUAAUUAAUCAAAUAUUCCUUUCUUCUCAAAACUUCAAACCACAAGUCUUAGAAUAUGUGGAAGGGGGUGAGAUACAAUGGAAAGACGAAAACGAUCGCCCUGUCAUGAGUGUCGACGAAGCGAGAAUGAUCUUUAGGGAUGUUGUAUUGGGAUUGGAAUAUCUUCACCAUCAAGGAAUUAUACAUCGAGACAUUAAACCGGCCAACUUGCUGCUCACGGGUGAUCACGUCGUUAAGAUUUCCGAUUUUGGUGUAUCGCAUUUCAGUCAACGCUCCACGAGUUCGUCCGCACAGGAAGAAAUGGAUUUGGUCAAAACCGCGGGAAGUCCAGCUUUCUUUGCUCCAGAGUUAUGCCUUCCUGGCGACAUCUCAAGAGAUUUAACGCCUGCGUCGAUAACUAAUGUUAGUGCUGAAACAACAAAUUCUUCAUCUGUACAUGCGCAACGACCUCCUAUCACUAAAUCUAUUGACGUUUGGGCACUCGGUGUGACGUUAUAUUGUUUCAUUUUUGGUCGAUGUCCCUUCAUAGCAGACACCGAGUUUGAGUUAUUUUUUCACGUCAUUCCUCGCCAAGAACUGGAAUUUCCCAUCGACAUACCUAUUGAUAAUAGUCUUAAAGAUCUACUGAUGAAAUUAUUGGAAAAAGAUCCACAAAAAAGGAUAACCUUGGAGGAGGUUAAAAAACAUCCAUGGGUUAUUGCCGAUCUACCAAACCCGCAGAAAUGGAGGGAGGAGACUGAUCCGAAGAGGUAUCAGGCUUUGACGGUUACCGACGAAGAAGUUAAAAGCGCUUACACCUUAAUUGAUCGUCUAAAGAAAAAGAUGCGUAAAAUUUCCUUGUCCUUAGGGAACCUAACUUUAAGCAACCUUCGAAGACGUUCAAGAUCCAUUUCAGGAGCAUCGACAUCUGCAUCCGGACUCCCAACUCUCAAUCGAAUUUACGGGUCACUCAUCAGCGGCAUACAAGCCUAUACGGCUCAAGUUGCCCAGAAACAUACGCUCGACAAACACAAAAGGAUUUUGAGAACUUUGUAG